AGAGCUGAUAUCAGUGCGGGGCAUAAACUGGGAGUUGUCUGAGGAGAUAAAACUUUGAAGGCGUACUGUAGAUUUCCUUUAGGGUCAUGCAGUUCAUUGUGGCAAAGUGUUUAAAAACAGCAUUAUUAUAUUAGACCUGCCGAUGGGUUUUGUAGUGUAAUAUAAAUAAGCAAGCUAUAAAAUGUAAGCGCAAACAUUUUCCGGGAGAAAAGCUGAUACCAUAUUUGAACGGGUCCAUGGUUGGUUGGACUCCGGUUUAAGGAAGCUCGUCCGCCCGGCAGUUGGAGCGGAGGGGGAUUCGUCGGCGAGAAGCUUCAGGCGGGGUGUUAGCUGCUGACGGACACCGAAAUAGCUCCGCGACGGCUUUCCGAGCAUCUUAAACCAACGCAGCAACGUGCAUAUUGUAGCUGUAACUCUCUUUGUGUGUCAUAUUCAGAUAAAACAAUGUAACUGUACGGAGGCAGCUGCGCUCCAAUGGUCGAAGACCUCACCAUACUUCACUAGAAUGUACUUGAUGAAUGUACCUCCUGUCGCAGUGACGCAAACAGAAUGGAGAGCAUGUGGCCCACCUGGAGGCUAUAGCCCUCCAGUUUGCUUCAAUGACUCUGGCACAGAGUUGUCCACCAGAGGCACACCUAUCUCAGACAAGGUCCAGAUGAUCAUAGAGAGUCUUAGGAGCACCCAGUCCUCACUCGAGAUGGGCGACGAGAUCGAGGGAAAUGUGCUAUCAGGACAGGAAGGUCAUCCCCAAGUCUGCAAGGCCGCAGUAGGUCCUUACAUGGGCUCCGAGUCCAAGACUAAAAGCCCCACUGAAAACCCGCAUGCAGAUGUUUCCUCCCCAAACAACCAUGAAAGCAGUGACUCAGAUAGCGAUGAUUCUGUGGACAGAGGAAUCGAGGAGGCAAUACUGGAAUACCUGAAAGAAAAGGAUGAUAAUAAACGCAAGGCGGAACCGUAUUCGACUUUUCUCCCAUCGUCCAAAAUUCCUAGAAAACAUCCAUCCAUCCCCGAGGUGUCCAAACAGAACGAUGACAGCGAUGCGUUCUUGAUCGCUGGUAGCCAUUUUCCAAAAAGCGUCAAAGCCGAGACCCCCACAGUACCAGCUGUCAUACCUAUAAAAAAGUAUAUUAAAAACAAGGCAUCCCUAAAUGAAAAUAUAGUCAAGAACUCUUGUUCAAGUCAAAGCACAGCCAAAAGUUUAGCUUGUUCUAAAGAGCAGGUUAAAAAUCCCCCCACACCAGUCAGCCUCUUCAACAAAACUGUCAAAUACCCAGUCACAGUUAAGAUGGAGGAAUCAAAUGAUUCCAGUAGCGAUGAUGGCAUUGAGGAGGCCAUUCAGAGAUACCAGCUGGAGAAAAAGGAGCAGCAGACCACAACAGAAGCUUUCCAUCCACAUGCGUUCAAGGAGGACUCUGACUCUAGUAGUGACGACGGGAUUGAAGAAGCUAUUCGCUGCUACCAGCUUGAACAACUCAAGGAAAAGAGUGUCCUGAAGCCAUUCCUACACAAGCAGAAACCCUUCAGUAAGCAGUUAAUACAUAAUGUUGCAAGUACAAGCACAGAGAACAUGAAGAAACACAAGCUGAGGAAAAAAAUGAGCAGCAUAGAAAAAGAAGUGAAAUCUUUUCAUCCUACUUCCUCUGUUUCCAUACCCAAAACUACACUUUCAGACAGCUUGAAAGAUAAAGGAAAUGGAUUUGUGUCAUUUAAAGUAGAGAGUUUGAGGGAGCAAUCAGCUCCCGCCCCUCCAAAGGUCAAUACAACCGCAGAGCUUAUGUGUGCUGAGGCAAUACUGGACAUUUCAAAGACUGUUAUGCCUGGGGCCUUCCAUCAUAGUGUUGGCCUUAGCAGUUGUGCCUCCACUGAAUCCUCCUUCCAGUCUUCUCUUCCGGAAAACUGCCCCUGUGAAGAAAGCAAUGACAGCUCCAUUGAUAGUGAAGAUGGGAUUGAGCAAGAAAUCAGGAAAUUUCUCGAGCAGAAGGCCCAAAUGCACCAACAGCCACCCAGCUCUGCUGUGAUUCAAGACGCUCACAGUGCAAAUGAAGCAGAGAAAGUAAAAGCAAGAGAAUCAGCAGUCGAAACCAAACCAUCAAGAUUAUCUUUAAAACAAAGAAAAAAACACAAAGAGAAAAACACUUGUGUUUCCGCCAUGGCAGGGAGGGAGGACGAUGUUAAAGAACCCACCUGUAAGCCUUUACCUGACCAUACAAAAGAAUCAAAGCCCUUGGCAUCGCCCCAGAGAAGUCAAACGCACCCUGUCACUGGAUUACACAAGACAGACCAAAGUGGAGACAAAAGCAGCUCACUUGACAGUGAUGAGGACCUAGACACUGCGAUAAAAGACCUUCUGAAGACAAAAAAGAAGUCAAAGAAAAAGAUGAGGGACUUAAAGCGGAAAUCAAGGAAGUGCCUCAAGGAUGAAGACCCGCUGGUAGGAAAUGCUUUACAGACAAAAAAGUUAAAAAUUGAUCCUCUUUCCAAGUGUAGUGCUUUGAGAAAAGUGCAGAAAAGUAAGAAUGACAAGAAAGACAAGCCUGGUUUGGGGAAAAAGAGUGUUUCACAACAUAAGCAAGUUAAUAAAAGUAAGAAGCACGAGGUGUAUGAAGGUGAAACGGAGAUGCGGAAAGCAGCUGAGCGUCUGGACGCCCAAUUUGUGCACAGUGCUGAAACUGCACCUCAGAUAAAGGAAGACAGCAGCUCGGUAGACAGCGAUGACAGCAUUGAGCAAGAGAUCCGAAGGUUUCUGGCGGAAAAGGCCAAAGUUUCUACCGCAGGGAGAAUGAAAGAUGGAGACGUGUCGAGGAAUGGUACAGUCAACAUUUGUAGCCCACUUCAAGAUAAAGACAUUAAACAGGAAAAUCAGCUGGCUGAGAUUCCAACAAAAAGUAUCAGUCCUUUCUCUGAACAGUCUCCCAUUAGUAGUCCGGCUCAUCACUCGUCACUUCAGACGCCACAGAGUGUUCUUCCUGAUGUUUCUAUGGUCGGUGCACAAUCACAUCUGCCCUCUGCCCGCUCCUGCAGUCUCAGUCUUUUGGAGCCAGCAGAUGGGGCAGGAGCAGCUAGAACUGAACAAAGGAGGCCCAGCGCUGAUAAAGGUGACGUCCACAUGAAGAGGGUUCGACCAAUUUUGAGUCAUAACAUUGCUCAUUCUCGCUCAGAGGCAAUCAAAUGGCGCCAGAGCCUAGGACUGCCUACUCACGAAGGAAGGACUGUCAGUCGGACUCCGUUCCACAUCACCUCAUCUGAAAUCAGCGACGGUGCAUCAGUAACAAAGCAGAGUGAAGGAAUGGGCCACAAAUUACAGACUCCUGUUACUGUUUGGUCCUCUGCAAGGACCAGUAAAUCGCCAUUCCCCAGCUCUAAAGACGCAGCUGUAAACACCAGAAUCAGCUCUCCUGUUUUGAAAUUUUUUUCCGCUGCCAGGCAGCAUCCGAGGAUGUCCUUUGCACGGAAUCUCCCCCCUGGCCAAAGGUCCCAGUGCUCCAUUGAAGGGGAGAAGGAGAGUAUGGUGCAUAUGACUAAGGACAAGAGUGUGUUUGUGGAACUGGAAGCUAACAGGACAAAUCACGUCCAGGUUCAGUGCAGGGAAAGGAGCGAGGUUAAGGAGAGAGUGAACAUGCUGAGGGAGAAAAAAAGCGAAGGCGAGAGCACGAAGAUAGAUAACAAAGACGUGCAUCUAGAAAUAAAAGAGGAAGAAUUUAUAGAUGAGACAGAUUGUGAAUCAGAACACAAGAGAAAUCCAGAAAAGAAGCAGGGCUUUUCCACAUUGUCUUUGUCUCGUGCCAUUGAUCCUGGCAUCAUCUUCAAGCCUUGCAUAGCGCUAACCUCAGAGGAGAGAGGCAGCUUGUUCAACAGGAGAUACUUGGCAGAAAAGUGCAAGAAGGGGGAAACUUCCCUCAUUAGCGCUUCUGUGCACGGUAAGGCUGUGCAGCAUGUCAAAAGGAAGCUUCAGUUUGUUCCAGUAAGUAGGAGACCGGAUGCACGCAGCGAGCUCAGCACAAACACAGCAGAGUAAAACUUUACGUUAAAAGAUGCACCUAGAUGCUGCCUCAGUGUUUAUAUAUUUCAGGUGUUCUUUUGAGUUUGGGGGGAAAAAAAUAAAAUAAGGUCAUCUUUUGAUAACUUGUAUAACUGCACAGUACAAAAGUUGAAUAAGGGCAUUUCAUUUGAAUUUUGGAUUGAACAUCCUGAACUCAGGAAUACUUUGAGUAUUCCAGCAUUUGCUUUUUCUUUUCCCUAAUGCACAGUAAAUUUGAUUUUGAGUUAUAUUGUAUUAUGUAUCAUAUAUUGAUUCUGGUGCUGCUGUUAUGUUUUUUGUUUGUUUUUUUACUAGAAGCGGCAUCUUUAUUUACAAACAUUUGUUCUGUAUCCGUAGUUUGCUUUUUCCUCUAAAAACUAAUGUUGACUUAUGUUCUUGACUGCGUUUUAUAGCUAAGUAACACAUGGAGCAUGUGAAGUUGCAGCUAUUUCAAUAAAGUUUUAAAAAAUUAA